AUGGUGACCCGGCCCCGGCGCCGGCUCCGGGGCGAGGGAGGCGGCGGCGAAUGGCCCCUUAAUAGCUCCGUUAAUGGCCCCUUGAUGGCCGCGGUGACGGCCAUUAGCGCUCAUCGCGUUCUCCCCCCUCAGGCCAUGGGCAAGAGGAAGAAGGAGCCGGCGGCAGCGGCCGCCGGACUCCACGUCCCCAAAGCGAAGCAGAAGCCGCCGGGAGAGGAGGAGGCUCCGUCCCCGGGACAAGCGGCGGCCGCGGGGAGGAGCGCGGAGCAGCGCCGGGAGCAGGCGGGGACGCGGGCGCCGUGGCCCGGGGGCAGCGCGGAGCUGGACCGCGGCACCGAGCAGGAGGAGACCGCGCCGGGACCGCCCCCCGCGGGCUCCGCUGCGGGUGGCGGGGACGGGCCCCGGGAGGAGCAGCGGGAGGAGCUGCAGGAGCCGCGGGAUGAGCUCCGGGAUGAGCAUCGGGAUGAGCUGCGGGAUGAGCUGCAGGAGCCUCAGGGUAAGCCUCGGGAUGAGCCCCGGGAUGAGCUGAAGGAGCCUCGGGAUGAGCAUCGGGAUGAGGCUUGGGAUGAGCCUCAGGAUGAGCAUCGGGAUGAGCUGCCGGAGCCCCAGGGUGAGCCCCGGGAGGAGCCCCGGGAUGAGGCUUGGGAGGAGCCACAGGAUGAGCAUCGGGAUGAGCUGCAGGAGCCACGGGACGAGCAUCAGGAUGAGCCCCGGGAUGAGCUGCAGGAGCCUCGGCAUGAGCAUCGGGAUGAGCCCCAGGAUGAGCUGCAGGAGCCCCAGGGUAAGCCCCGGGGUGAGUAUUGGGAUGAGCCCCGGGAUGAGCUGCAGGAGCCUCGGGAUGAGCCUCAGCAGGAGCCCCGGGAUGAGCCCCGGGGUGAGCUGCAGGAGCCCCGGGGUGAGCAUCCGGAUGAGCUGCAGAAGGAGCCCCGGGAUGAGCCCCGGGAUGAGCCCCGGGAUGAGCUGCAGGAGCCCUGGGGUGAGCAUCCGGAUGAGCUGCAGAAGGAGCCCCGGGAUGAGCCCCGGGAUGAGCCCCGGGAUGAGCUGCAGGAGCCCCAGGGUAAGCCCCGGGAUGAGUAUCCGGAUGAGCUGCAGAAGGAGCGCCGGGAUGAGCUGCAGGAGCCCCGGGAGGAGCCUCAGGAUGAGCCCCGGGAUGAGGUGCAGGAGCCCCGGGAUGAGCCUCGGGAUGAGCCCCGGGAUGAGCUGCAGGAGCCCCGGGAUGAGCCCCGGGAUGAGCUGCAGGAGGAGCCCCGGGAUGAGCCUCGGGAUGAGCUGCAGGAGCCCCGGGAUGAGCCCCGGGAUGAGCCCCGGGAUGAGCUGAAGGAGCCCCGGGAUGAGCCCCAGGAAGGGAGCACCCUGGAGCUGCCGCCACAGCGCCAGGACACCCGGCACCGCUCCGAAGAGGCCCCGAGGGAGGACGCGACCCCCAUCAUCUGCGGCCUCAUCCGGGAGCUCUCGGACCUCAACCGCUUGGCCAUGGGCGCCCACCGGGGCCUGGAGGCGCUGAGGAGGCCGAAGCCGCGGCGGAGCCGGCGCCCGGGGCCACCGAACCCGGGCAGGAGGCGGCUGGAGCCGGUGGAACGGGGCAGCCCCGGGGAGCCCGUUUAUUACCGGGCCGGGGCUCGGACGGACAAUAAACCGUGUGCCAGAACGUAA